AUGGAUGCAGGGAGGCUGGAGCAGCAGGUGGCCAGUGUUGAGAGGGGGAUCACCUUCCUGAAGCAGGAACACCUGGUCAUGCUGACUGGUCUGCAGCUGGAGAUCACACACCUGAAGAGGCGCUGCCACGAGCUGAGCUGUGAGCUGGACUCCAGAUUUCCUGACAGACACACUGCAGAGGAGGAAGCGGAACUGGCGGCACGCUGCGAUGCUGCAGAGCGCCUCCUGGAGCGCCAGCAGUGCAUGAUGGUCGCUGUGCGUGGGGAGCUGCGAGCAGGCCGGGCACGAGCUUUUGCACUCGGGAGGAGCCUCAGGGAGGAAGAACGACAUUUCUUGGAGGAGCUGAAGCGUCGCAGUCACAAGAUUACCCUGCUGAAUCGAGAACUUCAACACCAGAACGUUGUAACGACGACACUCCACCAUGAACUUCACGCUGCGCGGUUAAAACUUUUCCAGCGGUGCCAGAGUGCAGGUUCGGUUGCAGAAACAGAACAAGAAGUCGGAGGAAAGGAGGAUGAAGGGGAUGAUGAUGAUGAUGAUGAUGAUGAUGAAGACGAGGAAGAUGGAGGCUCAGAUUGGCUCUUUUCUCCACUUCCUGCUGCCUCCUCUGAUGAGUCAGAGUUAAGACACAGGAGGCAGGUCAGCCUGAGGGAGGAGAGGGUGAGAGCAUGUAUCCCGCAGGAGAGAGUGACAUCACCACAGAGGCCACACCCCAUGCCUGACCCUGCCCUCUUCUUAGUGCCACUUAGGUACCGCCUCCUUCGUUUGGGCCAGCCAAUGAGAGCACAGGAAGAGGAGAGGAGCGAGGAUGAGUGGGAGGACAUAGAGGACAGCAGAGUCCACAGGAGGGUGGACAUGGGAGCAGGGGAAGGAGAAACUUCUCUGUGA